AUGAGAAAAAGUCACCCGCACAAGUUGAAAAAAUUUAUAGACAAGAAAUUAUCAUUGAAAUUAAAUGGUGGCAAACAUGUCCAGGAAAUACUGUGGGAGUUCAAUCCCUUUAUGAAUCUUGUGAUAGAUGAAUGUGUGGAGAUGGCAACUAGUGGGCAACAGAACAAUACCAGAAUGGUGACAAUUCGAAGAAAUACUAUCAUCAUGUUAGAAACCUUGGCCUUGGAAUGGAGUAUAAACAAUAGCUGUGUUCACCAGAAGAAAUCAACUGUUUCCACGUGUCCCCUCUGCAUAGCACCUGUUUUACUACAAUAUAAAAAUCAGAUCAUGUGCAUUUUCAUACUGAACUUCUUUGUUAAAUAA